CAGCUUGCCUUUCCAAUAGGCAGAGACAUAGGACCUGCCCCGUCUGGCUCCAGGGCUAGAAAAGAGCGUCGAUGCCGGUCGUAAAGAUGAAUUCUAGGAGGCGCUACCGGCUUCGCGGCCCGGAGGAACCGCAGUUGGUGCUGGUGGUCUUUUUGCCGAUGUAUUGCUGUCCUUAAACAGUAUCCCAUUCGAAAACGUCAGGGAACCACAGCCAUCAGUAUGUCCAAGUAUAAACUUAUUAUGCUAAGACAUGGAGAGGGCGCUUGGAAUAAGGAGAACCGAUUUUGUAGUUGGGUGGAUCAGAAACUUAACAGCGAAGGAGUGGAGGAAGCCCGGAACUGUGGGAAGCAGCUCAAAUCACUGAACUUUGAGUUUGAUCUCGUAUUCACAUCCAUCCUUAAUCGGUCCAUCCACACAGCCUGGCUGAUCCUGGAAGAGCUGGGGCAGGAAUGGGUUCCUGUGGAAAGCUCCUGGCGUCUGAAUGAGCGUCACUAUGGAGCCUUGAUUGGGCUGAACAGGGAGAAAAUGGCUUUGAAUCAUGGUGAAGAACAGGUGAGGCUCUGGAGAAGAAGCUACAAUGUGACCCCACCUCCCAUUGAGGAGUCUCAUCCCUACUACCAUGAAAUCUACAGUGACCGGAGGUAUAAAUUGUGCGAUGUACCCUUGGAUCAACUGCCACGGUCUGAAAGCUUAAAGGAUGUCCUGGAGAGACUCCUUCCCUACUGGAAUGAAAGAAUUGCUCCUGAAGUACUAAAGGGAAAAACUGUUCUGAUAUCUGCUCAUGGGAACAGCAGUAGAGCACUCCUGAAACAUCUGGAAGGUAUCUCAGAUGAAGACAUUAUUAACAUUACUCUCCCUACUGGAGUCCCAAUUCUCCUGGAACUGGAUGAAAACCUGCAUGCUGUUGGGCCUCACCAGUUUCUGGGUGACCAAGAGGCUAUCCAGCAAGCCAUUAAGAAAGUGAAUGAUCAAGGAAAAGUGAAAAAAGUCCCAUAGUGUCUCCAAGUACUGCCUAGAAAUAGACGCAGAAGGAAUGGCAUGCAGUGUGUUACGGGUGCUGAUUUCUGUCUUUUUUUCCCCCUGAUUUUCCGUAUUUUUUCCAGGGAUAGAUUGCGCAGCAGAAUUUUGUAUAGGUAACUAGAUAACUUAUCCAGGCUGGGAUGAAGCAUUAGAGUACCUAAGAACUAAUGGCAUUAGUCUUAGGAGUUAGCUUUCCUGCUAGGCCCGUUUGAAUUAGGCACAAAUUAGUAACCAGGGGUGUUUUAAUUGAGGUUGUUUUGUUAGUUUCUGAGUUGGAAGAGUAACAGGUGGAGAUGAAAUUUAAGGUAUUUAUUGUUCAAUAAAUCAUUAUAGAGUCACCAUGGAUGGGCACUGUUUCAAUAAGUAGUUCACUUUUAUUUAAUAAGACUUUCUGAAAUGAUAGUAAGGAAUACUAGAUAAUACACUGUAUGUAAGUAUUUAUUACUAGUCUUUUCCUCUAGGAAAGGGGAUGCUUUGGUCAUUAAGACCAGAGGUCCAUUUAUUUAAUGGGAAAAUCACAGAUGGGUCCUUCAGGAAGGCCAGCAGCCACUACAAUAACAGCAACAGCAAGGCCCCUAACUUUCUCUAGUCCAGAGUCAUCCUUUGUUUGGCAUUCAGUAGAAUUCUUUUUUGGCCACUAGAAUGAGUACAAUAUAGACAACUAUGGCUGUUUAUGUUCAUUUUGGGUUUUGUUUUAGUUUUUUGAACUUUAAUUGUUGGGUACAUAAAGUUGGUUUAAAAAUAAAGUUCUGUGACUGCAAA